AUGACAUCUAGGAGCUCAAAAUACGAAGACAAAACUCCAAACCAUUUAUAAUAUUCGAAAUUUCCAAAAACAUGUAUUUUCUUCUACUUCUUAAUCUCUUACCUUUACUGGUCUUUGGUGCAGAUGUUCAAGAACGAAAGCAGAGAGGCGAAAUAAUCUGCAGUUCUUACGGUUAUCAGGUGUUGGAGGCGAGGUUUGGCCAUGAAAGCUAUUUGUUAUGUCUGAAGAUGAGCAAAAUAGGAACCUCACCCCUUACAUCCGGCCGCACAAGCUUACUCCUGGACCCUGACGCUGGAUCAGAUGAAAUACAAGCUGGGAGAAUGCAUUAUUUAUCAAAUAUCACUAUGGCCUACGGUUUCCCAGUCGAAGACCCCAAUACUGGUUCGGCUGAAGGCUACAUAGGGGAGGAUCAUCAUUUUUACGGGAUUCUGCAUAUAGGCAACCGCACUCUACACGCCGACCCUUAUGGGAGGGACGAUCCGAAAAAGUUAUUUGGGCUGCUUGAGAACGACCAUGUUGCCGCACCGAAACGUCCUCGCCGACGCCAAGCACAGUUUGGAACGGGUUUUGACCAGCUCCCUUAUUUUCCAUUCCGCAUUGAAGAAAGACAGGAAAAGUCUGGCAUUGCAAAGGCACGAAUUUGUGAUCUCCUUCUCUUGGCUGAUAAGGAGUUCUUUCAAAAAGAUGCCAACUCAAGCCUCAAUCACGUUGUGCAAAGAAUGAUGCAUGCAGUCGCUCAGGCUGAUCUUAUAUUCAGGAAUGCUGACUUCAAUGAAGAUGGUAUUCCUGAUAACAUUGGUUUCUCAGUCAAAUACAUUUUGGUGCUCACAUCCCACGAGACCAACAACCGAGUGUUCGGAGACAUAGUGAGAGAUCGCACAGUGGAUGGCAGGCGCUACCUCAUGCAGUUCUCAAGGCUGAGGCGUUUGUCCGAAGUAUGCCUCGGCGUUGCCUUUUCGGGGCAUGCUUUUCUAAAUAGAACUCUUGGAUUGAGCUUUACAUCCCUCGGCGGUGGUAUGGGCGGAGCCGCCGGCGGUCUAUGUGACAGGAGAGCGUACGGGAGAUCGUUCAACACUCUCGCAUUAGCUCACGCAACCCACGAGCUGAACGAGAGGGUUCCCGAACGGGUUGCCGCGCUCACUCUUGCACAUGAGAUGGGUCACAGUUUCGGCGCUCACCACGACGAUCACUUCCCCAACCCCGACUGCCGCGGCUACGUUAUGGGUGCGCAAUCCUCUCCCGCAAGGAGCCAACAUCCCUCGGAGUUCUCCAUAUGCAGCAAGCGGUUGAUCUCGGCCACUCUCAGCAGUAUGAGCUACUGUCUGACGGAGAUUGACCGGCCUUUUUGUGGAAAUGGCAUAGUAGAAGACGGAGAAACUUGCGACUGUGGGCUGCCAUCACUGUGCAUCCAAAGAGAUCCUUGUUGCACGCCGCGAGCUGGCGGUGCCCUUAUUCUUGAGGAAGGCGCAUUACACAAAGAGGGUUGCUCCGUAGCACCCUCAGUCAUCUGCCACCCCGCACAAGGCCUCUGCUGCACAUCUGAGUGCGAAUAUGCGAACCUUACCGCCAGUGGAAUUGACUGCACGAUGCAAGAAGUGGAGUGCGCAUGUCUAAACCUGACAUCGGAAUGUCGGUGCGGUCUGGGCGGGCGCUGCCUUCCUGAUGGCAGCUGCCACGCUGCUGAGUGCGCCAUCUUGGGCCUUAGGGAGUGCCCCUGCCCUCAUAGUGGACCGGGUGGCGUGAUAGGCAAGGCCAGGAUGUGUGGAGUGUGUUGCAAGCUCAAGCAAGCAGGUGAUACGGAGCGGUGCCUGAGCGCAGAGUUCGCUGCUAGAGAGCUAAUGGCUUCCUUCAGACUGCCUGCUGACUGGCCCGAUGAGGAUUAUAAAGGUCCUAAUGUAACGCUGAAACUGUGCGCUAACGAUACAUGCAGAAUCGCGCAGUUACGCGCUUGGCCACCUGGUGACGUGUGCGUGUCACUCAACUCCGUGGGCAUAUGCUCCCCGAGAGGCUACUGCAAGAGCGUGCUGAUAACGCCCACUUCUAACGUGUACCCGGAUAUUCAGGCAGUGAAACGUACGAGUCGAGAUUCGUGGAGUUGUUCGCCAAUAUCCAGAGGAAAUUUAAAAUCCUUGUUAAUUAUCAACACAAUUUUAUGGAGCAAAAUGUCAUUUUCAUAGUGAUUUAUUUUUACUUGUA